UCCCAGCUGAUGGUCGUAAAAGCUUUCCCAACACUUGAAGCUUUAAGGGCGAGGAAGCAGAGCAAGCUGAUGAAUGUGUGGUGAGGAUGCCUGUGAGAUGGGUCUUCAUAAGGUUCUGGUUUAGCCUGCUGAUUGUCCUGGGCUGUCUCUGUGCUAGAGCCUCAUCAUGUGGCAUUUCAACACACGUCGAAAUAGGUCACAGAGCUCUGGAAUUCCUUCAGCUUCAGGGUGGGACUGUAAAUUACAAAAAGUUGCUACUUGAACACCAGGAUGCAUAUCAGGCUGGGACCGUGUUUCCUGAUUCUUUUUACCCUAGUAUCUGUGAAAGAGGAAAAUUCCAUGAUGUGUCUGAAAGCACUCACUGGACUCCAUUUCUCAAUGCAAGCAUACAUUAUAUCCGAGAGAACUAUCCCCUACCUUGGGAGAAGGAUACAGAGAAACUAGUAGCUUUCUUGUUUGGAAUUACCUCCCACAUGGCAGCAGAUAUCAGCUGGCAUAGCCUGGGUAUUGAACAAGGAUUUCUUAGAACAAUGGGAGCGAUUGAUUUUCAUGGCUCCUAUUCAGAUGCACAUUCAGCUGGUGAUUUUGGAGGAGAUGUGUUGAGCCAAUCUGAAUUCAAUUUUAAUUACCUUGCACGGCACUGGUAUGUACCCGUAAAAGAUCUACUGGAGAUUUAUAAGAAACUUUAUGGCCGAGAAGUUAUCACCAAACAUGUAAUUGUUGACUGUUCAUAUCUUCAGUUUUUGGAAAUGCAUGGUGAGCUAUUAGCUGUUUCCAAGCUCUAUCCCACUUAUUCUAAAAAAUCCCCAUUUUUGGUGGAACAAUUCCAGGAUUACUUUCUCGGAGGACUGGAUGACAUGGCAUUUUGGUCCACUAAUAUCUACCGUCUCACAAGCUUCAUGUUAGAAAAUGGGACCAGUGCCUGCAGCCUACCUGAGAACCCUCUGCUCAUUACAUGUGGUGGCAAUCAAACUAACACCCAGAGCUCCAAAGUACAGAAAAAUGAUUAUUUUCAUAGAAAUUUGACUGUAUCCCUAACUAAAGAUGCUGGGAAAAAUAUCAACCAUACUGAGAGAGGUGUGUUCUUUAGUGUGGAUUCCUGGACCUCGCAUUCCCUGUCUUUUAUGUAUCGGGCUUUGGAAAGGAACCUACGGACAAUGUUUACAAGUGACUCUCAUCAGUUGCUGAAGCAUGUUUCUAGCCCCUCGGCCUCCUACUUCUUGUCAUCUCCCUACGCAAGGCUUGGCUGGGCAAUGGCCUCUGCUGACUUCAACCAGGAUGGGUAUGGCGACUUGGUGGUGGGUGCCCCAGGAUAUAGCCGCCCUGGCCACAUCCAGGUGGGGCGUGUGUAUUUUCUAUAUGGCAAUGACUUGGGCCUGCCCCCAGUUGACCUGGAUCUUGACAAGGAGUCCCACAGGAUCCUGGAGGGCUUCCAGCCCUCAGGUCGGUUUGGCUCUGCCUUGGCUGUGUUGGAUUUCAACAAGGAUGGUCUGCUAGACCUCGCAGUGGGAGCCCCCUCAGUGGGCUCAGAGAAACUCUCAUACAAAGGUGCAGUGUACAUCUACUUUGGGUCUGAGCAAGGAAGAGUGUCCUCUUCUCCCAACAUCACCAUCUCUUGCAAGGAUGUUUACUGUAACUUGGGCUGGACACUCUUGGCAGCAGAUGUGAAUGGAGACCACACGCCUGAUCUGGUGAUUGGCUCCCCUUUUGCACCAGGUGGAGGGAAACAGAAAGGAAUUGUGGCUGCAUUUUAUUCUGACCCCAGCUGGAGCAACAAAGAGAAGUUGAAUGUAGAAGAGGCCAACUGGAUGGUGAAAGGCGAGGAGGACUUUGCCUGGCUGGGGUACUCCCUCCAUGGGGUCACCGUGGACAAUAGAACUUUACUGUUGGUCGGGAGCCCAACUUGGAAGAAUGCCAGUAGUCUGGGCCACUUGUUCUACAAUCGUGAUGAAAAACAGAGCCUUGGACGGGUGUAUGGCUAUUUCCUGCCAAACUGCCAAAGCUCAUUUACCAUUUCAGGAGACAAGGCAAUGGGGAAACUUGGUACUUCCCUGUCAAGUGGUUAUGUCAUGGUGAAUGGGACACGGACACAAGUGCUUCUGGUUGGUGCCCCAACUCGCGAUGAUGUGUCUAAAAUGGCAUUCCUGACCAUGACCUUGCACCAAGGCGGAACCACGAGGAUGUAUGAACUAACACUUGACUCACAACCGUCUUUGCUCAGUACAUUCAGUGGAGACCGCCGCUUCUCCAGAUUUGGUGGGGUUCUGCACCUGAGUGACCUGGAUAAUGAUGGCUUAGAUGAAAUUAUCAUGUCAGCCCCAUUGAGGAUAGCAGAUGUGACUUCUGGGCUGAUUGGGGGUGAAGAUGGUCGUGUUUAUGUGUAUAAUGGCAAUCAGACCACCUUAGGUGAUAUGACAGGCAAAUGCAAAUCCUGGAUAGCUCCAUGUCCGGAAGAAAAGGCACAAUAUGUAUUGAUCUCUCCCGAAGCAAGCUCAAGGUUUGGGAGCUCUCUGAUCACAGUGAGAUCAAAGGAAAAAAACCAAGUUGUCAUUGCUGCUGGAAGGAGUUCUUUUGGAGCCCGACUCUCUGGGGCACUUCACAUCUACAGUCUUGGCUUAGAUUAAAGAGUCUACUUCCUUUUCCUAA